UUUAAGAAAAUUACAAGUUUUACAAAUAAUCCUCAUGUCUGUCAUACAGGUGGAUGGCGCUCCAGUGGCCUUGCGGGAGUGUUUCAUUCCACUGAAUCCUGUCGGGUUCUCACCUGCUAUGCUGGUUGCCAUGGACAAAGUUGUUCCAUCGGCUCUUGGCGGCGUUCCCACAGGCAACAAGACACCGCUUGUGGAACGUCACUCGAAGCCUGUUGCCAAGCAGCACAGACAUGGCAGGAAGCAGGUGGUGGCGACACGUAAAACUCCGGUGUCUGCCAGUGUUGUGAAGGAGGAGGCAAAGAAGAAGCCCAGGUCUUGGAGCAGGAGGCAGGAGGUGACAUUUAACCUUGUGUCGACCUGUACUGUGUCGGGGACCACUCCCUGUGUGGCUACCCAUCCUGCAGCUGUCCCUCCUGCCCCUGUGCCUGUGCAGCCUCAAGGUCAGCGUAUUAACCCCUUGCCUUGCAGGUGUAUAGAGAAUGUGCCACAGGCAGUAGUGUUAGGGAGCAGCCUGCGUACAGCAUCAUGUCGUUUCGAUUUCAAUGCUUACGUGUCAUGCAGUGUUGUUGCAGCAGCCAAACAUAGCAUUUCUCCAGUUUGUACCUGGCACACAGUAGAUAUUGAUGAUGUUUGUGUAGAGGGGUGGAAGUUGUCAGCUCGGGUGGGAAAGAGGGUUUGGUCAGCAGCAGUUUGAUCUGUUUGGUCGGAAGUGGAGCGUAGAUGUUGGUCAUGCUGUCUACAAGGACUUCGUGGCAUUUGAAGAUGGGGCUGAGUUGGGUAAAGAGCUGCAGCAGCAUCUGUUAAGGGAUGGGAUGUGUGUCUUGGAUCUCCACAGAGCAGUGAUCUUGAUUAUCCAGCAUGGGGACUACUUCGUAGUGGUGGAUUGUGGGGAGCGCAAUGCUUCAGGGUUGGCUUCGGACAUUGGUCGGUCUGCUGUGGUGUUCAACACAGUGCUGGAAUGACCUGAUGAUUCACAUCCUCAAUCUGAAGGAGUUGUUAGCUGCAUAGUGGUUUGGUGUUAGUAGCAUCUCCGUGGAGGAGUGUGUUGUUGAGGGAGAAAGCUGCAGUGCACCUGUGUUGAUGGAUCCACAGGCUCCCACUCAGUCCCAGGGUUGCGCUUCUGUUAGAGGAAGUUUUCAUCAAGGUGACCAGCGGUUUAAAUAUGGCGGUCUUCAGUGUGUGGCCAUUAGUUUGGUUGCUCUAGUGAAACACACCAUAGAGAGUGUGUUUUCAUGUCAGCCUGACACACUGGACAAGGUUGUAGUAUCAGGUGAUGAGCUGUACACAUCCUUGAGGGAAGGCAACCUGAUUACUGCUGGGGCUGAGCGCCUUUGUGUCCCAGAUUUGCCUCAGCAGCAUGUCCUUGAUGGACAAACAUUUGAUUUGGAGUUUGGUGAUUUCGUUGCUGGAGAUGUUGAUGUUGUUAAGGGAGAGUUUAUUGAUGCGGGUGUGCACACCAGUCUCUCUGAUGGAUUGAGUAAGGUGUGCACAAAAUACAACACCUGCUUCUUUACACUGAGUGGCAGUACUUGUGCCAUCAUUGGUGAAGAUGGGCAGUAUGCUGUGGUUGACUCCCAUGCCCGCAGUGCAGAUGGGAUGGUCGAUGGUGCAGGGCAGAGUGUUGUGCUCUAUUUCAGUUCAUUCCAGCAUCUGUUAGAGCACUUUUCUAAGUUUGCAGGAGCUCUUCAGAAAACACCCAAGCUCUUUGAGAUCAAUGGUGUUCGUGUGAAACACCCAGGUGCAGCUGUUGAAUGUAGAGAGGGACA